AUGAAGAAGAGAUUCGUAGGUCGAUCUCACCAGAAGAGAAUGGAUGAAUCUCGUUGUACUGCCGCCGUUUGGCUUUUAUGCGGCGUUCAGGUUGAUGCAGUCAACGAGAACUCAUUCCUCGUUUCGGGUGAAAACGAGCUGAGCUUUCGUUCAUCAAAUGAUGGACAUCAUCAGAGCUGGACCUACAGGUCUCUUUCACUUAGGAGCUACCACAAUAACACAAAAUCUUGUAACAACCGGAUCUGGAGAGCAGGUCAGAGUAUUCUCGAAGAGAAGGCAAUACCGAGGACAGUGUUUUUUCGCUUUCUAAAUGGUCCUGGUGUCCCAGCUCCUCAGUAA